GUGAGUGAUGAAACGUUUCAUUGAAACAAUGAAACUUUCAUUUGAAAGUUUCAAUGUUUCAUAAGCGAAAGUUUCAUUAAUUUCAUGAAACAUUGAAGAACCAAUAAUUAAGCUUUAUUUGCACAUGCGCAGUUGUCAGUUUAGGUUAGAUAAUCUCUAGAAAUUUUAGGUUAGUUCGAAACAAUUUAAUGAAAAUUUUUUGUUUACAUCCGAAAACACGAGAGUAGUUAUGUUAAUAUUAACUAAAAAUUACCUGAAAUAUUACCUCUAACGAGUGACUUAAAAUUAAAUUAUUAAUAUAUUUUUUAAUUAUUUAUUUUAUUUAUAAAAAUUAAAGAAAGAUAUUAAAGUAAGUAAUAAUACUUCAUGUUUUUGACAACAAAAUAUGCGUUAAUUAUUAUACUUUCUUGCAUUGAAUUUGAAAUUUCCCGCUUAAAACUUGAAACUUUGAAAUGUUUCAUGAAGCAAUGAAACUUUCAUGAAACAUUUCAUUUUCCAAAGUUUCAUGAAACUUCACAACCCUAUUCUUCCUUACCAGAUUUUUUUAUAUCUUUCAAGCGUUUCAAGAUGUACUUACUAUAAAUUUUGAUUCUUUAGGUAAAAUAAAAAGUUUGUAUGAAAUAAUAUUUGACAAAAAGUUCUUUAGCAAUGAUCAGUUUACUCGAACUUUAUAAGUUUAUAAACAUAAACAGAGAGACUAACCUAAGGUGAGAAAAACUACGACAACUGUCAAAAAAUGAUCUGCCUUUUGUAACCUUCAAGGCCUUCAAGACAUUUCUUUUCAAAAUAAAAAUGUCUGGAAUUAAGAGCGAUGGAGAUGACAAUUUUUCAAGACAAGAAACGUACAGAAAACUUGUGCCAGGAAACAGUAAUAAUGAAGAAUUGGGAAUGAAAAGAAAUAAUAAAGAAUAUGCUGCUUUUAUUCAAGAAUAUAAUAUUCUUUCGGAAUAUAAUCUACUACGAAGUCAAAAUUUGAAAGGAAUUUACGUAAUACCGUCAGCAAAGAAUCCUUUCAUUUGGUUCGGGGUUCAAUUUAUAAGGCAAGGUAUUUUUCAAGGAGGAGUUUUUAGAUUUACUAUAACAUUGCCGUCCAAUUUCCCAGAUGGAGGAUGUCCGACAGUCGUUUUUCAAUCAAAAAUCUUCCAUCCACUUAUAAAUAGUGAAACUGGUGAAUUGAAUACAAUUUGGGGUUUUGACGAAUACAGAAAAAAUAAUCGUGUUUGGCAAUUAAUUCAGUAUAUAACCAAAGUUCUAGUGAAAGUCGAUUCCAAAAUGACACCAGUUAAUGAGGAAGCAUCUCUUUUACUAGAAACAAACUUUGAAGAAUUUCGAGAACGAGCCAAAAAUUGUGUAAAAGAAAGUCUCAAUGAAGUUUAUUCGCCUUCGAGUGAAGAUCCACAUUAUAUAACAUUCAGUCCAUACGAUAAGGAACUUCAUGGUCCAAUAAAACAAGAUAUUUAUAAACCAAAAGAAGGUGAUAAUAAGGCAAUUGGAUUUUCCUGGGUGCAACCAGGUUCCCUGCAACCAUUUUCUAAACCAGACGCAAGAUAAUAAUUAACGAAUAAUCCGAAUUAAUUACCUUUUUAUACAAAGGUAUUUUUUUUAACCUUUGGAGAACACGUUUUUUUACGAAAAGCUUUUUAUCUAUUGUUUAAUAUUUUUUAUAAGGAUUUAAAAGUAUACAGACUUAUUUUACAGAGUUUAAACUAUAUUUAAAAAAAAAUCCUUAGGUUGAUCAGAACAGUUCAAAAUUAAUUGAGCAUUGAAAAAUGAUCUAAAAAAGAGAUGUGUUCUCCGAAGGUUAACAUUAACUUUGAGUGAAAGAGUUUUUUGUCCAUUAUCUAAUAGAAUAUAUUUUGUAAUAAAAUUUUUUAAUCAUAUUUAUAAAUAUUAUAAAUAACAGAAGCACACGCGAAAAAUAGUGAUUUUUGUAUAAAAAAUUUAUCGACUCUUUCUCUCAACGAAAAAAAAGAAGAAGAAUGAAAUAUAUACUCAUUUUUAGUUUGUGCGAAUUUUCAAAGUUAAAAAAAUAUUUUAAACUUUUGUGUGCGACACAACGCUUGAAAUAACUUAAUUUUAAUUCAAGAUUUUUGCACGGGGUAUUCUUAAUCAAUUUUGUUACAAACUUUUACAUUUUCUCAAUUUUGUUGCAGAAUUUUACAAAAAAAAUUUUUUUUUUUAAUUCAAUUAAUUAAUAAUUAACUAUAAAUGAUCAAUUUU